GACCAAGAUGGCGGACUGAGUUUGCGGAGGAGUUGAACAUUUACAGUUUUAUAGCCAUGUAGAAUCGAAUAUAGCAUCAAACACAUCAAGAUAUAGAUUUUUCCUUUAGAGCGAGGGAGUGUUUUCUGAAGUGAAGAUUGAAGACGUGAUAGAAGAUGGACGACUACUGCUAUGCUAAGAUGGCGACGUCCGCUAAAAGAGAACAUGAAAGAGAAUCACUAACGGAGAAAAAGACGAAGUAUGAAGACGUCCAGCAGCUGAUUGGUCAUCCAGAAGAACUUCCCCCUCAGUCGGAAGGGAAGAGCUCCACUUUGAAGCAGGAGACUCCACAACCACCCCACAUUAAAAAGGAAGAGGAGGAACUCUGCAUCACUCAGGAGGGAGAGUGUCUUCUAGGAAGAGAGGAAGCUGAUUACACCAAGUUGCCACUGACUGUUGUCUCUGUGAAGACUGAAGAUGAUGAAGAGAAACCACAUCUAGACAACCUCUUAACUCCACUACCAGAUAGGGAGGUUGAAAAACUUUUGAGCAGCAAAACAGACUGUGAAGGUGAUAUGAGGACUCACACUGACAACAAACACUCUGAAUGCUCUAAAAAGAAGACCGACGUCCAGCAGCUGAUUGGUCAGUCAGAAGAACUUCCCCCUCAGUUAGGGGGAAACUCCACUUUGAAGCAGGAGACUCCACAACCACCCUGCAUUAAAAAGGAAGAGGAGGAACUCUGGAUCACUCAGGAGGGAGAGUGUCUUCUAGGACCACAGGAGGCUGAUCUCACCAAGUUGCCACUGACUGUUGUCUCUGUGAAGACUGAAGAUGAUGAAGAGAAAUCACAACCAGACAGCCUUUUAGCUCCACUCUCGGAUAGUGAGGCUGAAGAUGAGGCUGAAGAACCUUUGAGCAGCGAAACAGACUGUGAAGGUGAUAUGAGGACUCACACUGACAGCAAACACUCUACAAAGAAGAGAGGAAAAAGACGUUAUAGCUGCUCAGUUUGUGGUAAAGGCUUUUCUCGAAAGAGCAUUUUGACUCGACACAUGAGAACACAUACGGGAGAAAAACCAUUUAAGUGCUCAGUUUGUGGUAAAAGCUUUUCCCAAAAAGGACAUUUGAUUGAACACAUGAGAACACACACAGGAGAAAAAACAUUUAAUUGCUUAGAUUGUUGUAAAAGCUUUACUAGAAAGAGCCAUUUGACCCAACACAUGAGAUCGCACACAGGAGAAAAACCGUUUAAGUGUUCCGUGUGCGGUAAAAGUUUUUCGCAAAAGAUCCGUUUGACUGAACACACGAGAACGCACACAGGAGAAAAACCGUUUAAUUGUUCAGUUUGCGGUAAAAGCUUUCCUCGAAACAGCGACGUGACUCAACACAUGAGAACACACACAGGCGAAAAACCAUUUAAAUGCUCCGUUUGUGGUAAAAGCUUUCCUCAUAAGACCAAUUUAAUUCAACACAUGAGAACACACACAGGAGAAAAAACAUAUAUUUGUUCAGUUUGUGGUAAAAGCUUUUCUCGAAAGAACAAUAUGAUUCAACACAUGACGACACACGUCCAGCAGCUGAUUGGUCAUCCAGAAGAACUUCCCCCUCAGUCGGAAGGGAAGAGCUCCACUUUGAAGCAGGAGACUCCACAACCACCCCACAUUAAAAAGGAAGAGGAGGAACUCUGCAUCACUCAGGAGGGAGAGUGUCUUCUAGGAAGAGAGGAAGCUGAUUACACCAAGUUUCCACUGACUGUUGUCUCUGUGAAGACUGAAGAUGAUGAAGAGAAACCACAACUAGACAACCUCUUAACUCCACUACCAGAUAGGGAGGUUGAAAAACUUUUGAGCAGCGAUACAGACUGUGAAGACGUCCAGCAGCUGAUUGGUCAUCCAGAAGAACUUCCCCCUCAGUUAGGGGGAAACUCCACUUUGAAGCAGGAGACUCCACAACCACCCUGCAUUAAAAAGGAAGAGGAGGAACUCUGCAUCACUCAGGAGGGAGAGUGUCUUCUAGGACCACAGGAGGCUGAUCUCACCAAUUUGCCACUGACUGUUGUCUCUGUGAAGACUGAAGAUGAUGAAGAGAAACCACAACCAGACAACCUUUUAGCUCCACUCUCGGAUAGUGAGGCUGAAGAUGAGGCUGAAGAACCUUUGAGCAGUGAAACAGACUGUGAAGGUGAUAUGAGGACUCACACUGACAGCAAACACUCUACAAAGAAGAGAGGAAAAAGACGUUAUAGCUGCUCAGUUUGUGGUAAAGGCUUUUCUCAAAAGAGCCUUUUGACUCGACACAUGAGAACACAUACGGGAGAAAAACCAUUUAAGUGCUCAGUUUGUGGUAAAAGCUUUUCCCAAAAAGGACAUUUGAUUGAACACAUGAGAACACACACAGGAGAAAAAACAUUUAAUUGCUUAGAUUGUUGUAAAAGCUUUACUAGAAAGAGCCAUUUGACCCAACACAUGAGAUCGCACACAGGAGAAAAACCGUUUAAGUGUUCCGUGUGCGGUAAAAGUUUUUCGCAAAAGAUCCGUUUGACUGAACACACGAGAACGCACACAGGAGAAAAACCAUUUAAUUGUUCAGUUUGCGGUAAAAGCUUUCCUCGAAACAGCAACGUGACUCAACACAUGAGAACACACACAGGCGAAAAACCAUUUAAAUGCUCCGUUUGUGGUAAAAGCUUUCCUCAUAAGACCAAUUUAAUUCAACACAUGAGAACACACACAGGAGAAAAAACAUAUAUUUGUUCAGUUUGUGGUCAAAUCUUUUCUCGAAAGAACAAUAUGAUUCAACACAUGACGACACACACGGGAUAAAGUAACUUGUAAUUGUUCCUUUUGUUUUCAAAAGAGCUAUUUGACUCAACACACAAUAAAACUCACUGGAGAGAAUAUAUAUAAUCUAUAUUUUUUUAUGCAAGGUUUGACCCAACACGUAAUGCAACACACAGGAGAAAAUACAAUUAGUUGAUCAGUCUGCGAUAAAAGAUUCCAUUUUAAUGCAGAUGCAGUAAGAACACACAGGGGGAAUAACCAAUCAGAUAGUUUGUAGUAUUUUGCGCAUACAUUGCAACAUCCACCCAAAGCCAAGACCUCCUCCAAAAUAGGUUUGCUGCUUCUUUUAAAAGUACCUGAGGUCUUCAUACAAAUUUAAAUUAUCUGUUGCAUAAUCUUAUCUACUCAUGACUAAGGCUGCAGCUAACGAUUAUUUUUCUAUCGAUUAAUCUAUAGAUUAUUUUUUCGAUUAAUCGGUUAAUCUAUAGAUUAUUUUUUUCGAUUAAUCUAUAGAUUACUUUUCCUUUUACCGAUUUUUUUAAAUUUAUUUUAUUUAAAAUGAAGAUGAAAAAAAAAUGUAGGCCAGUUUUUUCAAAAGGCAUGGCUUUUAUUUACAAAAAAAAAAAAGUAUGGCCACUCAGUCAACAUUGACAACAACAUGAGAAAAUAUUCUGUAACAAUGUAAACAUUUAAAACUUUUAACAUAUAACAAAAUUAAAAGGAGCUUAUUUGCUUUUUAAUGUGCAAAUAUAAAUGUAAACAUUUAGUGCAAAUCUUAAUAUUCUGCAAUAGUAUAAGCAUUUCAAAAGUAAAAGUAUUGCUUAUUUUGCUUUAAAAUGGGCAAAAAUAAAGAUAAACAUCCAAUACAAAAAAGUGCAAAACGAAAUAUUCUGUAACAACAGUGUAAACAUUUCAACAAAAGUGAAAGUAUUGCUGAUUUGCUAAAAUGUGCAAAAAUAAAGAUAAACAUCCAAUACAAAAAAGUGCCAAUCUAAAUAUUCUGGAGCACUGUAAACAUUAAGUAUUGCUUUUAAAAUGUGCAAAAUAAACAUCCAGUCCAACACAGUACACAAUAACCAAUUCUACUCAUUCCAGUGAGUGACUAACAGUUGUAAUGAAGAAAGGUUAGCAUGUCUACGCUCAGAAGGGGUCGAUGUGGCUGGAACUGAGAGCUAAUUAGCCUUCACCUCAAACCAGGACUGCGAGCGAGCUGAGCUGCAGUUGAAGUUUCUAGAAGGUCAACGGGCUCAUAGUGAUGUUACUAGUAGUUGACGGGGAGGUGUUUAUUAUUAUUUGGGGAGAGUCCGCUGCCUGAUGCUUACCUGCUAAACACCUAUCUGCUCCACGCUGAAGCGCUGACUACAUGCGCUCUGAAUACGCACUGCUGAUUGGCUGGUAACGCUCUGAAUACGCACUGCUGAUUGGCUGGUAGAGCUUUCUGUGUACCAAUCAGAUGGUUGUGUGGGUGGGACAAUGCUGCGUGCUGAGACAGAGGCAGAAGGAGCAAAGCAGCUUGUUAAGACUUUAGCAGCUAAAGUUAGCUUUAGCUUAGAAACUCGUUCGGUACACCCCCGUACCGAACCGAAAGCCCCGUACCGAAACGGUUCAAUACAAAACACGUACCGUUACAUCCCUAGCAGAUACAAAUGACACAUUCAUGUUUUUGUGUAAUGAUGACAACGUAUGCUCACGCGGACGAUUGACUAGUUGAUGGUUGAUGGUUUUCUUUUCAAAUGUUCGUUCAUAGCCGAUGUGCUGCUAUGAUAGGCCAUUUCCGCUCGACACAGUGUGCAUACAACAACAUUAUUAGGCCGUGUAUUGAAAUACUCCCACACUUUUGGCGUGCUUUUUCCCCCUCGCUCUCACUGUCUGCUUUGCGCUCCGCCAUGACGGUAGUGUGACGUAAAUAUGCGACGCGUCGACGCACAAAAACGGCGUCGACGUAUUUACGUAACCGAUGACGUCGAUGACGUCGACUACGUCGACGCGUCGUUUCAGCCUUACUCAUGACCCCAUGUCUUGUGUGUGUCUGAAACUUUCCCGAAUAAUAAGAUAGAUGCUUGUAGUGCUUGGUUACUCCUUCUUCAGACGAGCCUGAUGACUUCAGCCGGGGAAGAAUAGUAGUCUUCUUUUACCGCCUCUAGAUUGCCUGACUCUGAACACCAACAACAUGAAUGGAUCUGCCUGAAAUUACACCUUCCAGGUCGCCUGGUGUUCAUGUUUUGUGUCUACAGACCAACAUCAGAUGAUGACUCAGUGUAUGAUGUAAUAUCUGAGCAUAUUGACAUAUUCAAUAUUUGCACCCAAAGUCUGAAAUGGUUCUUCUUGGGGAUCUGAAUGUGCCAUCAUGGAGACUGGCUUUAAAGUAAAAAGACUUGACACUCAUGGGGAAGGUGCUCAUUAAUUAGUUAUACUCAGCAGCCUCCACCAACUAGUUGAUGAUCCUACAAGGAUUGGGAAUGAUGGAAAUUGCUCCAAAAUGGAUCUUUUCCUUACUACUUCACCAGACAAUCAUGUUGUCACUGUCAGUGCUCCUCUUGGCUCCUCUGACCACUGUGUGGUAUCUACUGUGGCUAAUACUUGGCUGAUGUUAAGCUGAACUCUCAAAAGAACAAGGAGCCUAUGUUAGUUUCAGCAUUACUCUAAAGUAGAGAUGUCCGAUAAUAUCGUCCGAUAACUGCUUUAAAAUGUAAUAUCGGAAAUUACCGGUAUCGGUUUUAAAAAAGUAAAAUUUAUGACUUUUUAAAACGCCGCUGUACGGAGUUGUACACGGACGUAGGGAGAAGUACAGAGCGCCAAUAAACCUUAAAGGCACUGCCUUUGUGUGCCAGCCCAGUCACAUAAUAUCUACGGCUUUUCACACACACGUGGACCCCGACUUAAACAAGUUGAAAAACUUAUUCGGGUGUUACCAUUUAGUGGUCAAUUGUAUGGAAUAUGUACUGUACUGUGCAAUCUACUAAUAAAAGUUUCAAUCAAUCAAAAACGCAAGUGAAUGCAACGCAUACUUGGUCAACAGCCAUACAAGUCACACUGAGGGUGGCUGUAUAAACAACUUUAACACUGUUACAAAUAUGCGCCACACUGUGAACCCACACCAAACAAGAAUGACAGACACAUUCCGGGAGAACAUCAGCACCGUAACACAACAUAAACACAACAGAACAAAUACCCCGAACCUCUUGCAGCACUAACUCUUCCGGGACGCUACAAUAAACCCCCCUCCCCCCUCCCCACACACCUCACCCCCUCACCCCCCCCCUGACCCCGCCCACCUCAACCUCCUCUUACUCUCUCAGCAU